UCAUCACCCCCCGUCCUCUCCCUCCUUCAUCCUCCUCUUUCUCGCUCUGGCCCAUUUCAGUGGUCUCCAUCCACACAGUGAAGAGAUCCGGUGGCCCGUCUCCUGCGCUCCACUCCACCACCACCACCACCAUCUUUGAGAUAAAACACUGGCUUUAGGUUCUUAGAGUAGCAGCAGCAGCAGCGGCAGUAGUAGUGGGCUGGCGCUGCAGUUGCGCUGGCACACAUUCAACGUGGGCGCACACACGGUGAGAGAGAGAGAAAAAGAGAGAGAGAGAGAGAUCCGCCGCCGCCGCCGCAUCUUGUGGAUUUCUUUGCGCUCCAGUCCGUGUUCAUGAUUCUCCCUGCUUCUCCUCGCCCACAAACACGCCAGGAGUUGAUUUCACUUCUCGGGGAAAAAUGUGGAGUCGCAGAGUUGCGGCGGUCCUGGUUUUACUUCAUCUCAUCGGGGACUCGCUGGCAGGGUUUCCAAACCAAAUCAACAUCGGUGGACUGUUCAUGCGCUCCACAGUGCAGGAGCACAGCGCCUUUAGGUUCGCUGUCCAGCUCUACAACACCAACCAGAAUGUGACAGAAAAACCUUUUCACCUCAAUUAUAAUGUUGACAACUUGGAGUCCUCGAACAGUUUCUCUGUCACGCAUGCCUUCUGCUCCCAGUUCUCCCGAGGAGUCUACGCCAUCUUCGGCUUCUACGACCGCAAGUCCAUGAACACGCUGACCUCCUUCUGCGGCGCCCUGCACACUUCCUUCAUCACGCCCAGCUUCCCCAUCGACGCCGACGUGCAGUUUGUCAUCCAGAUGAGGCCCAGUUUGAAGGGAGCCAUUCUCAGUCUGCUGGACCAUUACAAGUGGGAGAGGUUCGUCUAUCUUUACGACACCGACAGAGGCUUUGCAAUCCUCCAGGCCAUAAUGGAGUCGGCUGUAGCCAAUAACUGGCAGGUGACGGCUCGCUCUGUUGGGAACGUGAACGUCUCAACGUACACACAAAUCAUCCGGGAGAUGGACAACCGGCAGGAGAAACGUUUUCUCAUCGACUGCGAGGUGGAUAGGAUUGACUUAAUACUCCAGGAGGUACUGAGCCAACACACACUGCCGCUUCGGCCUAGUUCUGCUAAAGAAAAGUAGCACACUGGAAGCAAACCUGCCCUUGAACAUCAGAAAAUAAAUCUUUAAGAUCGU